AUAACGGAAAUGACGUAACUUCUUAACAUCAAAACAUUCGCAAGUGCGAGUCUUUCUACUGAUCAGUCGAUUAUACCGAUAGGCAGCCGCAGGACACUAGAUAGCGGUGGAAUUGUGAACGGCCACUUAUGUUUGCAUGCAAUUAGUCUCGGUUUCAUAGAAGCUAAUGUUAAAUACUUAAAUACGGAGUGUGACUGAAAUUACCAACAAUAAGUGAGCUGUUUGCUAGCGUUGAACGCAAUUAGCACUACAGUACCAAUCGAAUGUUCAAGAUGGCUCCACAGUAGCUUUCUGCUAGCUAUUAAGCUAUCGUUAGUAUUUUGUCCACCAUAGAAUAGCACGUUUCCGUUUAGUAUUUUGAGAAUCAUGUCGAAGAUUGACCGUCUGAAUGCCCGUGUGGCUAAACUACUGACGGUGGCUGUGAACGAGGUUCUGGAGGUUGUGAAAGAGACGGUGUCGGAGUACCAGGAAAAAACUGCCAGAACUCAGAGAGAGAACGAAAGUCUUAGAAGAAGACUACAGGAACUCCAAGACAAGUUAAAGGAAGGAGAAGCCCAACACCAGCUGGUUCUCCCUGUUCCAUUCGGUAAAACGGAGCAGGAUGAUUGCCACCCAUGCCCGAGGCAGGAUACGGAGCAGGAUGAUUGCCACCCAUGCCCGAGGCAGGAUCUCGACCCUGUGCUGCACACACACAAGCAGGAGUUGAACGAAAAGCAGAGCUGUGAAGGACCGUGUCUCUCAAUGGAGCAGGACCCCUUCACAGACUCAGAGACAGAGUGCAAUGUUACCUUGACGUUAGCCAAUCACAGCAGGGAUCUCCCCGAGGGGUUGUCGAGGGUGACAGACGCAGCUCUGACCGUCUACAUGACUCGUCCUGUCGGAGACGGGGAGAGAGAGCCCAUCCACGCGGGGGACGUGUUCAGCAUGGCCGCUCCCAGCCUCCCCUCCUCCCCCUCUCUCCCAGCUUUGGCCGCUGGCAUCAUCAAGACCGAGCCGGAACCAGAACAGUCUGCCGGGUCAGACUCCACGGGUCACAGCCAGUUCUACGAGAACUGCGGUGACUCGGACAGCAGCGCAACGCACAACGACUGCGCCCUAGACCCCAUGCACAGCCACCCGGACAUGCAGGGCAUGGUCCACUACAUCAACGCGGAGGGCCUAAACACGUUUGUAGACACGUUUCCCUUCGAGUGCCACCCGGAGCUGGUCCAGGACACCAGAAGGACCAGGCUGCAGCACCGGCCGGAAGAGAACCACAGCUGCGUUGUGUGCGGGAAGACGUUCAGCCGCGUGGGGAACCUGCGGAUCCACCAGCGCUGCCACACCGGGGAGAAGCCCUACUGCUGCCUGCACUGUGGACGGAGGUUCAGCCACGCCGGCAACUUGCAGAAGCACAAGAGGGUUCACACCGGGGAGCGGCCGUAUGGAUGCCAACAGUGUGGCAAAACUUUUAGUCAGUCCAGCCACUUGAAGAAACACCAGAGAAUCCAUAUUGUCAGGCAUAUUAGUGUUGGAUGAUGAUGCAGAGAGGUUCGCGGUUCAUUUACUGGUUUAAAGUAUGGAUGUCUGUCAUGUAAUGUCUUAGGCGUUUAACUUAUUACAUUAUCAAUAUACUGUUUCUUUUUAUAAAAGAAAUUGUUUUGUACUGUUUUACUGACUUAUUAUAUUGUACUUUUCACCAAGCAUGGAUUUCUGCAUUUGGGGUUGACAGAAUGGACAGCAUGACACUAAUCUUUAGUUUUUGUCUUAAUUACAAGAAAAUAAUUCUGUAUAAUGUUAUGCAUAAUAUGAUCUACGGUCUGCUUUUUUAUUAAACAUUCUAAAAUGUC